UGCAACCAUGGACCUUAGUUCAGAGUUACUUCCCUUAGAGAAUUCUUCUGUCAACAAUAUUUGUGAAAACAUGUCGAUGCAACCACCAAUCAUCCUGCUAAAGGAGGGCACUGACUCCUCCCAGGGAACCCCACAGAUUGUCAGCAACAUCAAUGCCUGUCAGACCAUUGCAGAUGCCGUCAGAACAACUCUUGGCCCUCGUGGCAUGGACAAACUUAUAAUCAACGAUAGAGGUCAGGCAACCAUUUCCAAUGAUGGCGCCACUAUUCUACAGAACUUGGAAGUUGUCCACCCUGCUGCCAGAACGCUGGUGGAAAUAGCCAAAUCACAGGAUGCUGAGGUUGGAGAUGGUACGACCAGUGUUGUGUUACUGGCCGGGGAGCUGCUGAAACAGGCCAAGCCCUUUAUUGAGGAUGGUGUGCACCCCCAGAUCAUCAUCAGGGCAUUGAGGAAGGGAGCUCUGCUGGCUGUAAACAAGAUCAAAGAAAUAGCUGUACAGAUCAAGAAGGAUGAUGUUGGGGAGCAGCGUAGCCUCCUGGAGAAGUGUGCCGCCACUUCGCUGAGCUCGAAGCUGGUGGCCUCCCAGAAAGACUUCUUCUCCAAGAUGGUGGUGGAUGCGGUGAUGAUGCUGGACGAGCUGCUGCCUCUCAACAUGAUCGGCAUCAAGAAAGUGCAGGGCGGAGCCCUUGAGGAUUCCAUGCUGGUGUCUGGGGUGGCGUUCAAGAAGACUUUCAGCUAUGCAGGCUUCGAGAUGCAGCGCAAGCAGUACCAGAAACCCAAGUUGGCUUUGCUGAAUGUUGAGCUGGAGCUGAAGGCUGAGAAGGAGAAUGCUGAAGUCAGAGUGGAUACUGUAGAGGAGUACCAGUCUAUUGUUGACGCCGAGUGGAAUAUCCUGUACGACAAGCUGGACAGAAUUCACAAGAGUGGAGCCAAGGUGGUCCUGUCUAAACUCCCCAUCGGAGACGUCGCUACACAGUACUUUGCUGACAGGGACAUGUUCUGUGCUGGUCGUGUGCCAGAUGAAGACCUGAAGCGGACGAUGAAGGCGUGUGGUGGGUCGAUACAGACGUCGGUGCAGCAACUGACGGAGGAUGUGCUGGGGUCGUGCGAGACCUUCGAGGAGGUUCAGGUCGGCGGAGAUAGGUUCAACUUCUUCAAGGGUUGUCCCCAGGCCCGCACCUGCACCCUGAUCCUCAGAGGAGGAGCGGAACAGUUCAUGGAGGAGACGGAGCGGUCGCUGCACGACGCCAUCAUGAUCGUCAGGAGGGCCAUGAAAAAUGAUGCAGUUGUUGCAGGUGGAGGUGCUAUUGAGAUGGAGUUGAGCAAGUACCUGCGGACAUACUCCCACACCAUCGCGGGGAAGGAGCAGCUUCUCAUAGCAUCCCUAGCCAAGGCCAUGGAGGUCAUCCCCCGCCAGCUCUGUAACAACGCUGGCUUCGAUGCUACCAACAUCCUCAACAAACUACGACAGUGCCAUGCACAAGGUGGGAUGUGGCAGGGGGUGAACAUCCUGGAGGAGGACAUCUCUGACAACUUUGAGCAGUGUGUGUGGGAACCAUCUGUUGUCAAGAUCAACGCCAUCACAGCAGCUGCAGAAGCAUCCUGUCUCAUCCUGUCUGUGGACGAGACCAUUAGGAAUCCUAAGUCUGAGGUAGGAGGCCCUGGACCAGGACGACCUCCCAUGGGACGAGGUCGGGGGAGACCAAUGUGAAGGACAUAAUCAUGGACAUCUUUAAGUGCUCUAAUUUAAAUUAUACAGAAUCAUGCUGCCAUAGCCCCUAGCAAGCGUGUCUCAGCACCAGGACCAGGACAUUCACGACUGUGGCUGCCUCUAUUUGGUUCACUGCCCUCAUUUAUGCUGUGGAAAAUUACAGGGAACUGUAAGGUGUAUUGUGUAAUUAUCUUGUUUUUCAAUUGCUCUGAAUAUUCUCUUCCCUCAUCUGGUCCACAGAGCGGUGACGUCGAUGAUAUGGCCGAUGUUUUCAUGGAUGUGCUACUUGUGCUUGUGAUACACUUUUUGUAUUAAAAUUUCCACAUCA